AUGUGUCCUCCAUGCAGAGGGUUUGUUAAAAAGCUGGUCGAUACUUACGCUGCAAUUAAAAGCCGAUCCGACAGCCAGAAAUUCGAAAUCAUCUUCUGUUCAUGCGAUCGCUCAUUGGAAAGUUUUAACCAGUUUUUUGCUACUAUGCCUUGGUACGCGAUUCCGUUUGGUGAUCCACGUUUGUCACGCAUCGCCAGAACGUUUUGCAUUCGCGAAAUUCCUUGUCUUUUGAUUCUCGAUGAAAAUAAUCAGAUCAUUACGCGGCACGGCAGGUGCGAAGCGCUCUGCGAUCAGCUGGGGAAGGAGUUUCCAUGGUAUCCUCGGUCGGUAAUUGAGCUCAACCAAAAUACCUGCUAUCGCUUACGACAGGACGUCUGUUUGAUUCUGUUCACAGAAGGUACAUCGGAAGACCUGUCUUUCGCACAGAAUGCCCUUCUACCCAUAGCCGAAGAUCAUUUUGUUGACGGAUACGAACCAGAUUUAGUGUUUUUCUACGCAGGCGAGAGUCCUGUGUGUGAACGUGCUCUAGACACCCUCGGAUUGUCGGACGUGCCCCUGCCGCUGAUCUGCAUAAUCGACCCGUUUUCGGCGUCUCUGUUCAUCUGUGAACACCCGAACGUGUCUGAAGAAAUCAUUCGAAAUUUCAUCUCCAGAUUUGAGCGCGAUGAACUGAUGCCUGUUCCACUGCAGAACGUGAUCUGCGCUGACGUCAAGUCAUGA